AGUGGUGAGUCCAUUGUCGCGACGAUUCUGAUGGUUCUGCGUGAGCUUUAUGCAAUAGCAAUACCAUAUUUUCCGCGCACGUGCAAAAUGCGACAGUUUUACUCAGGCUGGAACGCUUGUCAUGCUGACUUCUAGGACCGGAGGGCAGGCAAGUUUUGUUAUGCAGCGAUUCCGCAUUUGUACGUGUACAGGAAAUUAUUCAAGUUUCCUGUGGAUAAGCUUGCCAGCAAUUACAUACACGCGCCGCCGG